CAAAAAGAAGUGAAGGAAUCAAACAUUAGCUAAAUGCAGAAUAUUUUCAAGCUGUACGUAUGAAUAAACCCCAUGGUUUUCGUUUUUCGUAAUAUAUGGAGUUUGAAGCAUUCAAUGACCAGCGAUAAUGACAUUGUCGUCAGGCUUUCAAGGUCAGUUGAUGGGUAUAUAACACUUUUGAAUCCAAGGGUAUGCGUGGUUUUGCAUUGCACAGAUCCAGCCAGACGUAUUGUACAAUACAAGAAAAUGUCGUCUAAAAUCACUGCAAGUUAUGAAAAUGUUUCCGAAGUGGCAGAUCACAUCAGAAAGCUGAUAAAUAUUAAGCCAGAAAUUGGCAUCGUUUGUGGAAGUGGUCUUGGGGAGCUAGCCAAUGGUGUUCAAAAUGCUACAGUUAUCCCAUAUGUAGAUAUACCUGGUUUCCCGAAUUCAACUGUACAAGGACACUCUGGAAACUUAGUUUUCGGAACGCUGAGUGGCCGUAAAGUGGUUGUGAUGCAGGGACGAUUCCACAUGUAUGAAGGAUGGACAAGACAUGAAAUAGCCAUUCCUAUUCGCGUCAUGAAGCUGUUGGGAGUGAAGACUCUAUUGUUGAGCAAUGCUGUUGGUGGUUUAAACAGAGAUCUUAAAGGUGGAGAUUUCGUUGUUCUGAAAGACCAUCUUUACUUUGCUGGUCUUGGUUUAAAUGGUAUUCUAGUUGGUGAAAAUGAAGACAAAUUUGGCCCUCGAUUCCCAGCUCUUUCAGAUGCCUACGACUCCGACCUGAGAAAGUUGGCCAUAAAAAUAGCGAGAGAGGAGAAGUUUGGAGACGUUGUCCACGAAGGUGUCUACGGAAUGAAUGGUGGUCCAUGUUAUGAAACACCCGCUGAGUGCAAAAUGAUGCUCAUGAUGGGUUGUGAUGUUGUUGGUAAGUGAAUUAUUUUCUGUGUGAUUUGACUGGAUAAGUUGGGCAAUGUUCGUCAAUCACCAUCAAAAGCUAGUUGUCAGGAAACUCUGUUCCACUACGGUACUGAACAUGUGUUAGUCAACAGUAAUACCGAAAUUCGCAGGGAGGGACUGAGGCAGAACUAACUCUACUAAACUAGAUGGACUUCAAGCCCAGGGAAACAGGUACAAAGAAGUUGAAGUAUGGUCACGUAGGUCGGAAGUACACGAAAAAGUGUUAUUUGGAUAGUAAGUAGGAAACACAGUUCCGUUAAAAAUAUGAAGAUAGGUUCUAGUGACUAGCAUAGUGGAGAUAGAAAAGGAAAAUUGGAAGUAUCUGACUGGUCUGUGUCUAUAGAAAGCGCUACUGAGGAAUGGUGCUAACCAUCACCGAAUCUGCACAACUGUUUGGUGGAGAUGAGAACAAGGCCGAAACAUGAGUCAUCAGGUGAACGAAUAGGCGGAAUAAAUAUGGCUUUGAUGUCUGAAACAAUCGACAAAGUUGGGUAUGAAGAAGCCACAUGGCUGGAGAAUUUGUCGGCCUAAACUGAAAUGAAUGGAGUCGCUCAGUGUUGAAAUAUAUCAAUGAUAUCCGAUUGAAAUGCGUAGUGAUGUGAUCCACUAAAUGUUUCCUAUUUCUAUUCCAGGUAUGAGUACCAUCCCUGAAGUGAUAUUCGCUCGUCACUGUGGAAUGAAAGUACUUGCAAUUUCAUUAGUGACAAAUAUUAGCGUUUUGGACGUUGACAGUAAAGUAUGUGCAAAUCAUGAAGAGGUGUUAGCAAUGUCGAACAAACGUGCGACUCUAUUACAGUCAUGGUUCGCCAAGAUUAUUUCCAGAUUACCAUCUGAAUAAAUGAAAUGUGCAAUAUUGAUUUUUGUAUCCAGAAAUGUGAAGAUUUUCUUUCUAAUAUUUUGUACUUAUUACUUGUAGUUUAUUUUUAAGAGAAUGAACACUUUCCUUGCAAAUAUAUCCAGUUCGAAAUAUUUACAA